AGUAUUCCUGCAAAGUACAGGUUGCUUCCUGGUGACUGACCUGCACAACGAGCCCAUUCAUUCCCCGUCACUGCUAGACAGAUAGACGGCACUGGCUGGGAAUUUCAGUUGAAACUAAGCUUGUGGUGUGAGGGAACUCGGAGUCUCUGUGUUUAAAGGCACAUUCCCAACGUUUAAAAUCAGGAAAUGAGAAAAAUGCCAACAGGGAAGAUCCUAGUGACAGGUGGAGCUGGUUACAUCGGUAGCCACUGUGUGAUUGAGUUGAUUAAAACAGGAUAUGUUCCAGUUGUGAUAGACAACUUUCAUAAUGCAAUCCGAGGCGAGGAUGGAGUUCCUGAAAGUAUUCGUCGUGUGAGAGAGAUUACGGGAGCUGACAUAAUCUUCCGAGAAAUAGACCUGCUCGAUGAAUCUGCUCUGCACGAUCUGUUCAAAGAGCACAGUUUCUCAGCGGUGAUCCAUUUUGCCGGGUUGAAGGCUGUUGGAGAGUCUGUCCAGAAGCCUCUUCUUUAUUAUAAAGUCAACCUGACGGGAACAAUUAAACUGCUGGAGACAAUGAGAAUGCACGGUGUUAAAGACAUUGUUUUCAGCAGUUCAGCAACUGUAUAUGGAGAUCCCAGUUACCUGCCCAUAGAUGAGUCACAUCCUGUUGGUAGCUGCACUAAUUCAUACGGAAAAACAAAAUACUUCAUUGAAGAAAUGAUCAAGGAUCUCUGCCACGCAGAAAAGGAUUGGAAUGCAAUUCUACUUCGAUACUUCAAUCCCAUUGGGGCACAUGAAUCAGGAAAAAUAGGCGAGGAUCCCCAAGGUAUUCCUAACAAUCUGAUGCCAUAUAUUUCACAGGUUGCUAUUGGGCGUCGGCAGUGCCUGAAUGUUUUUGGAAAUGACUAUGAGACAUGUGAUGGCACAGGUGUCAGGGAUUACAUUCAUGUUGUGGAUCUUGCAAAGGGACACAUUGCUGCACUGAAGAAGCUUAAAGAAAGAUGCAGCUGCAAGGUGUAUAAUCUCGGCACUGGAACAGGUUACUCUGUUCUUCAGAUGGUAGAAGCGAUGGAGAAGGCUUCUGGGAGAGAGAUUAAAUAUCAGAUUGUUUCAAGGAGAGAAGGAGAUAUUGCUUCUUGCUAUGCUAAUCCAGCUCUCGCAGAGAAAGAGCUUGGAUGGAAGGCGCAGUUUGGGAUUGAUAAGAUGUGUCAAGAUUUAUGGCAUUGGCAAUCCCAGAAUCCUUAUGGCUUCAGCAAGAAUGAAACACUAAACGUAACAUCCAACAGUUGAUUUUUUUUUCAAAGACAAGAAUUUAAAUCUUUUGUAAAAACUGUUUAAUAGUGGGCCAGGGUGUAAUUCACCAGUAAUAAAAUACAAAGUAGUUUCUUAGGUAUCUGUAAUCUGUUCUGGUGGAGGAUGAUGUGAAUGAAAACCACAACAGAGCACAAUGGGAGCAAAACAGGAAAGCUAUGUGUACUUGUGAAUUCUAUUGCAAUUUACUGUAAUAUGUCAAAUUGUAGAAUUGAAAAUUGAGAGUUUAAGUUCAAUGAAAUUGGUUAAGUGAUUUCUUUCACCAAGUCUUGCUUAUGCUUUCUUGUUACUGAAGUUUGAGCUGUUUAGACAUCUAUGGCCAAAUCUUUGGUUUCUAACUCUAGUAGUUUCUAUAUAAGUUAAAAGCAUAUAUACACAACAAAUGAGCUGGGUACAGUUCUGGUACAUUUGAAUUUUUUAUGUUUUAGAGCAAUGCCAGAAAUAAAUUAACACCAAGUUGUGGUA